CACGCCAAGGCCAGAGCUUGGGCGACAAAUACGGUAGCUCGAGCAACCACUGGCAGAUCGCAAGCAGAUCACAACUGCUGCGGCAGCUUUCACCUGCCCAGAUCAUAAUUGUCAUACCUAAUCAUAAUAAUAUUCCCAGAAGAAAAAUGUCUUACGCGCUGGUCACGAAAAAGCGCAAGUUCAACAGAGUCCUUGACUCGCUAUCAAAACCUCCGUCCCCAGACGUCGCCGCAAAGACUCCAAAUGACGUUCCCGCAAGCAUUCCACGCACUACGACGCUUCCCUCGAUCAAGAAGGUCCGUGUCAGUGGAAGUGAGAACGAUCCGCUAGUUAUUCGAACAUCUGUCACAAAUAUCUCAAGACCGUCCUCGUCAGGCUCGACAACGGUCCGCCCCAACUUUGUACCAUGGGAUCGCGAGCGUUUUCUUGAGCGUUUGGAAACAUUCCGCAGGGUCGACAAAUGGUCUUCGAAACCCCCGGCGGUCAAUGAGGUUCAGUGGGCUAAGCGUGGAUGGUCGUGUACAGACACUGAGAGAGUCAGCUGUGUUGGAGGAUGUGGUGGCUCGGUCGUUGUCAAGCUCCCGGACGAACUCGAUGAGCUGGACGGCUACGAUAUCGAGAAAGUGGAGGAAAGGAAGGAAGUCCGGGCAAAACUGGUAGAGGAAUACAAGAAGCUCAUCACAGAAGGCCAUGGUCUAAACUGCCCCUGGCGCAACAGAGGCUGUGAUGCUACUAUCCAUCGAUUGCAGCUAGCCAACCCUGAUGUGGCAAUAAGCGGCCUCAAAACGCGUUACUACAACCUAGCCAAGAUGGGGCCCAAACUGCCCGCGAGGGAGAGAAUCGAGAUCCCCGAAGAUUUCAACCUUGAAGGAGCAUUGCGGAUAUUACCUCCCGAGUUCUAUGCGGGAAAUGAAAACAAGGUACCGUCUGAAGCUGGAGCCCCUGAUUCACAAGGCCAGAAGGCCGAUAAGAAUGCCGCUUCUCCCAAACAAACGGCGCAGGAUAUAGACAGGGCGGCCUUUGCUCUGGCUUUCUUUGGAUGGGAUACGGUAUCCGAUGGUACGGCUGGCUUGGCCGGUUGUGGUGCCUGCUUUCGACGUUUAGGCCUAUGGAUGUACAAGCCGAAAGAGAAUGGGGAGCUUACUGUGUACGAAAAGCUCAACGUUGUGGCCGAGCAUAUGGACUAUUGUCCGUGGGUCAACAAAUUGACGCAAAGUGGUUCUGGGAAGAAGACGGAACGAACUGAAGAUCUUCAUAGUGGCUGGGAACUUCUCCUCCACGCUAUCAAGACCAAACAUCGGAGGUUGAUCAGAUCUACAGGCUCUGAGAUUACUAAAGAUAUAGACGCUAGCUCGAUCGGUGGCACGUCGAACGAUGGAGACUCCCAGAAAGCCAAAGACAAGGAGUGGUGGUCCAAACUGAGGAGGGUGAGGCAGGCUUUGAAUGUGAAGGCCCCAAAAAGGUCGAAGCCUGUCUAUUCAUCACCGUAACCGAUGAGAACUGGCGACGACCGGAUUACAUUGUUAAUUUUGCUUGCAUCUUAUGAUUUCGUUUUCGAGCGAGGCGCUAAGAGACCGGGUCUGGAUCAUCUUGGAUGUCACGAACUUCCGAUAUGAGAAUUGAAUAUGAAUGUCUUGCUCCCCC